GAAUUAGUGGUCAAUAUGGAUAAACAAUUUUAAUUUGAGAGAUUUUACAAAUGAUGAAUUUUCUGAAGAAGGAGAAAUGAAUGAAAGGGGGAGGUUUAGUUAAGUUAGUUAGGGGUAACCAUGGGUUAGCUUUUUUUUUUCAUGGUUAAAUUGCUUAACCAUGUGUAAAAUGUGAGUUAGUGACGUUAUUAAGGACUUAAAGUGGAUGUUGGUAGUAAAAUAAAAUUUCUUAAAAUUUUUAUGGUAGUAAUUCACAAAUUUUUUAUUUCGCGAUAGUAAUUUUUAAAGUGGGUUUAAUACAUAGUAGUAAUUAACAAAUUUUCUUUGCUGUCACGUAAUGUUACGCGCUGUUACAAAAAUUAGUACGUAUCUGUUUUUGUUUCUGAUUAGCAGUAGCUCUCCAUGAAAACCUCGCUGUGACAACAAUGGCGGCAAUCCGAAGAAGUUGUCCUCCUCCUCAAUUCUUCUCCACCCUUCCAUGGUACUCUCCACCACCACCACUCAUUAGCGACCCCAUACUCUCAACAAUCUCAACCGCCAUUAAAUCCUCCAAUGAAAAACCUCUUAAACGCCUCCUUCCUUCCCUUAAACCCCACCAUAUCAAUGAACUCAUCAAUAUCAAUCCUCUCAAAUUAUCCCCACUUUCUCUCUUCAAUUUCUUCACUUGGGUUUCUUCUCAAUCUGGGGUUCGUCUUACUCUUCACUGUUACUGUAAUAUGGGUCAUUUCCUCGAUGCUCACAACCUCUUCUGUGAAUUGGCCUGUAUUUUUCGGGUUAUCGUGUCUCGAAAAGGUAAGGAUUCUGCUGUUUCGGUUUUCGGUGUUGUUCUUGAAACUAAAUCUGCCUUUCAUAGUAGUAAUUUUGUGUAUGGUGCGCUUAUGAGCGCUUAUUUAGAGUUGGGUUUUAUUUCUGAUUGUAUUCAAUGCUUUCGGUUGAUUAAGAAGCAUGGAAUUUCAUUACCUUUGAAACCAUGUGCUCGUUUGUUUGCUCAUUUGUUGAAGACUAAAUCAGCUGAGACAGCUUUAGGGUUUUACAAGGAAUUUUUGGAUUAUGGAUUUCCUCCAAAUGUGAUUGAUUUUAACAUAUUGAUGAAUAAAUUUUGUAGAGAUGGUAAAAUUAGGGAUGCCCAAAUGGUGUUUUGUGAGCUUGGGAAGCGUCGAUUAAAGCCUACGAUUGUUAGUUUUAAUACUUUGAUUAAAGGGUAUUGUAAAGUUGGCGAGUUGCAGGAAGGUUUCCGGCUGAAGGGGGUUAUGGAGGAUGAGAAUGUAUCGCCUGAUAUCUUUACGUUUAGUGCUUUGAUUAAUGGGUUGUGCAAGGUUGGUGGACUGGAAGAUGCUAAUGGUUUGUUUAAGGAGAUGUGUGAGACAGGAUUGGCCCCAAACGAUGUCAUUUACACUUCUUUAAUCAGUGGACAUUGUAGGCAUGGGAAGGUUAUUACAGGCCUCGGGCUGUAUGGGCAACUGUUAAAGAAAGGCUUUGAGCCUGACUUAUUUAUGUAUAACACGCUGGUUUAUAGCCUUUGCAAAGACGGUGACUUGAGACAAGCAAGAAAGCUUGUGGAUGAGAUGUCUCUUCGAGGUUUAAAACCUGACAGGAUCACUUAUACUACACUUAUUGAUGGAAGCUGCAAAGAAGGUGAUAUUGAGAUGGCUAUGGACAUUAAACAUAAAAUGGUCAGAGAAGGGAUUAGCCUCGACGAUGUAACUUAUACUGCUCUUGUUUCUGGGCUAUGCAGGCAGGGCCUUGUUUUGGAUGCUGAAAAAACUCUUCGAGAAAUGAUGAGAGCAGGUUUUAAACCUGAUAAUAUCACAUAUACUAUGGUCAUUGAUAGGUUUUGUAAGGCCGGAGAUGUGAAGAUGGGUUUUAAUUUACUCAAAGAAAUGCAAAACAAUGGCCUUGUUCCUGGGGUUGUGACGUAUAAUGUUUUGAUGAAUGGGUUAUGCAAGCAAGGACAGAUUAAGAAUGCUAAUAUGCUCCUGGAUGCAAUGCUUAAUUUAGGAGUGCCACCCGAUGAUAUUACUUACAAUAUCCUCUUAGAAGGUCGUAGCAAACAUGGAAAUCCAAAAGAAUUUGCUGAAUUGCAAACUGAGAAGGGGCUUGUUAACGAUUAUGGUUCUUAUACAUCUUUAAUUAAUGAAAUUUCUAGAUCAUCAAAAGAUUAUGAAAAGAGAUGAUUGGUACUCACAGUGAACUAUAGAAGUUUUUCUAUGGCUGUUGUCAUCUUGCUGAUGUUACCCCGGUUUUCGUUAUGGGAGUAGAUCAGAACAGUGAUAACGUAUCUCUUUGGUAUACAAUGUGAAACCUUACAACAUCAUAUCAUUAUGGUACUUUUGGCUUGGUUGACUACAUCAAAUUAUGUUUGAUUGUCAGAUUGAAAGGCGAGAGUAGCUCGUCAGAAGAAAGCAAUGGAUUGUCAGAGCGCAGUCUCUAUGAUAUGUGACUUCUUAUGUAUGUCACUUUACGUCCUUUUUCAAGGGUUGAGGGAACUAGGAUCAAGAGUUUAUUGCCUUAAAUCAUAACAGUAAACACACUGGCCUACCCUGCUCAAACAUCUUUGCUUUGUCCCUUUGUAAUUUUGCAUACUUCGUGUAUCUGUAUGGUGUGUACAAGUACCAACAAAAAUUUUGUCGUCCUGCAAACCUAUUUUGCAGUGUUCAUGUCCAAUAUGGGAAGAAAUAUAGCGACCUUUAAAGGCUCUAUACUUCAUACAAAUUGAUAGAUUUUGUAGACUUGCACUCUGCCAAUCUGGGUUGUGCAGGGAAAAGGAAAGGACAAAAGGGAUGAUCUGAAUAUCAGGGUUCAAAGGAAAUUGCUGGCCAAGAGUUAUCUGAAUGGACUGAUUCAUUACAGAUGUAUCUUGGUUACAUAUUGAUACUUUUUAGAAAGGAGGAUAGCACUUGGUACAUUGGAUUUUCGAUUAGAUUCAACGCUGGUGUUCCUGCUGCAACAGAGGUAGAAAGUAUCAGAGAGGUGCCUGAUUCAGGCAUAUUACUCAUACCUGUUGCUGAAAAUAUCUUAAAGAGAGCAUAAAUGUCCUGAAUUUUCUGUUAUCCAGGAUGGAGCAAAUUUAAUGGGACUUUUGUUGUCAUCCUUAAUGCUAGAUGAUCAGUAAAUUAAGUAGCUAAGAUAUGGAUGAAAGGAAGAAGACGCACUUACUCUCUUCAAUUUAUUUCAGUAGCUAUAAUUUGUUCUUGUUGGAGAUUUUCAAUGUUUGUUUACUUAUUAUUAAAUAUAUUUAAUUGUAUUUUAAUUAAAUCUAUGAAAAUUA